CGUACGUCUUCACCGGCAGUUGUAUCAGAUUGUAAUCAGAGAAAGGGUAAGAUCAAACAUGUCAGGCAGAGGAAAGGGAGGAAAGGGAUUGGGAAAGGGAGGUGCCAAGAGGCACAGGAAGGUUCUACGGGAUAACAUCCAGGGCAUCACCAAGCCUGCGAUCCGCCGGCUGGCCAGGCGUGGCGGAGUCAAGCGUAUCAGCGGUCUCAUCUAUGAGGAGACUAGAGGCGUCCUCAAGAUCUUCCUGGAGAACGUCAUUCGUGAUGCGGUUACCUACACCGAGCAUGCUCGCCGUAAGACCGUUACUGCUAUGGAUGUUGUGUAUGCCUUGAAAAGGCAGGGUAGGACUCUGUAUGGUUUUGGUGGUUAGACAUUUGGUUAGGUUUAGGAUUAUUGUAUUUUUCCUUUUUUGGCAAUAGUGGAAAACAAUGUUAGAUUUUAAUGAGAUAGUCUUACUGUUUUAUUCA